CUGAAUGACUGAUUGCUGCUUCCAAAACAAUAAAAUGACCCUGACUCAGGAAAACAUAAUAUAUUUGUUCAUAUAGAGAGAGCAGGAAUAGAUUAUAUGUGUGUUUAUAUGGAGAGGGGCUGCCACUGAAGCAUUUACCUAAAGUUUUGGGAAAACCAAAACCCAGGCCCCAUGACCACCCGCUCUCCUAAUGUUUAAUUAAGAAAGGUAAACGAUAUUGUUUCGGACCUAUUCACCUUCCUUAUGCGGUAAGGGCUAACGCGUUUGUUGCAAACAAUGCAAGUGAGCCGACCCUUCCCUUGCUGUUCCUGCGAGCCAAGGUCUAAUGCAAUCAGUCACUAGCUCUCGGGGAUAUCGCACCUGACACUGUUCUUGCGAGCCUUUAUCUAUAAGUUAAUACGUGUGUGUCAAGGUCAUGGUCGCAGGUUGGUUGUCAGUUCAUGCUUUCUCGAGGUCAAUGAGUGCUUAUCAAGGCUUUGAUGGAAGCCUUGAAGUUGAAUGAAUUAGAAGCUAAGGCUUGUACUGGAUACAUGACUCUGAUGAUGUACCUGGCUCAAUCAAGCUUGCAUCAAGCAUUUUGCUUCGUGGUAAUCUUCAACAGGUUUCUCCGGCUGCAAGCUUGUGUUUCUUCCAUGGCUGUGCCAAAUGGUCAUGGCCGCAGAUGGCCGUGGAUUUAGAGCGAGGUCUUUGGAUUCAUGCUAGGCCGUGUGCACAAAGUUUGCGCAAGGUUUGUUUCCAGCACCUCCUAGCUACCAGGGAUGUUUGGUAUGCUGCAAUGAUGGCCACCGCUGGUCCUUCGCUUGCCGAUUUUCCUCGUGGUCCUGCUGCGGAUCCCAUUCUAAAGCAGGCUUUGGUGGCUCACUACCGUGCUCAGGCGACAGAUAUCGCUCGACAGCUCUUCGGCCAGCGAUCGGCAGAAUGGGAACGGCGGCUGCAAGCGGCCAAGAGUUGUAAAGCCAAGAGCUGAGGGCACGGCCUGGGCGCUCUGAGCUGGGCACACUCAAACAGCGGGGGCUGAAAACCAUCACAAACAUGGGGAUUGGCUUCAGCAAGCAAGGGGGUUGCAAAUUUUCUUUGGCCCAUGCCUUAGUGUCAAUGCCACGUGCAAGCUGCCGAGGGUGGCACGCGUGCAACGGCCAAAGUUGUCGGAUGCAAAUCUCUCGAAGUGUGGGCAGAACUACUAAAAACUGUCAGAUGCUUAGCUGCUUAAUUGCUUAAUGACCGUUUCUGUGCCCAAAGUGACAC